CACGACGUCGUUCGUUUGUGCUUGUUUCUCUUCAUUCUCUGUCUGUUCGAUCAUUCUCUCGUUCCGCUCACAACGACAUGGAAACAGCUACGGUGGUGUUUGUGUGUAUGAGAGUAUCAACGAUGCAUCCCACGGACAAAACGAAACACGGAGAGACAACAAUAGAACAGUAAAUACAUCGAAUCAAAUGAGAUGGCACACGCGCUUACUCACCAGACAGCUCAAAAUUUAGUUUCACGUAAAACCCAAUCGACACCGCAUCGUUUUGUUAUUACAGUUCUCUCGUUGUUUUUUUUUUGUGUGUGUUUUUAGUCCAGAAAAAAAAGAAAUAAUUAACCAGUGCCACAUAAGAACUUUUCUACCACAAGCAGUUGUUUUGUUCAUUUCAUUGAUUGUUUUUUUUUUGGUUCAUAGCUGUACUAUUCAUUCGUUAGUUUUAAUUAAACAUCAGAAAAAAAAUAAAUCGAAUUCGAGCUACAUACGCGGUCUGGCAUCGUACAGAAUUUCGUGAAGAAAAUUGGCACAUUUGUUUUAGUAGCUGUAAAUAAUUUCGAUUGUUUAAUUCCUUGCUUAUUUUUUUUGCAUUUAUUCCGUUUGAAUCGAGAUAUUCUCGGUGUAAUUAAUUCUAUUGAAACUGCAUGAUUCUUAAAUUUCGACACCGUCCAAAGUCGAAUUGUAUCAAUUUUUUGUAUGUUUCACUCAUCAACAACAACAACAACAAAAACGAGAAGCCUGUAAAUCAACGAAAAUUCGGUGUUCACACAAUAUUUGCUCAAAGUCCCCGUUAUAUCGAACACCUUGGCUGUGUUUAUCAUCGUCAACUGGAGCGUAGCUAAUAGUUCCGAGUGAAUCACGAUAAAUAUGUCUCAAGACGAAUCAACACCCAUAGUACAAGAUAACCAGAAUCUGCCGAAUCCGAGUUACGGUGCGAUCCGAAGAAGUUCAACACACAUUUUUGAUAAUAAUAUAAGGCCGAGUACGCCGCCAUUGCAUCGGAUUGAAACGGCCCCGUUUUUAUCGCAGUCGAUUCUAUCCACGUCUACUAUUCAAUCGAGCUCCGAUCAAAUGGUUUCCACGAUUUCAACUUGGCUCAAACUUGGAUAUGGUCUAGGUCAUAUUUAUAAUGAUCUCUGCGCUGGCGUUUGGUUUAGCUACUUAUUGUUAUUCAUGAAGGGUGCUCUGAAAAUGCGCGGAACAGAAGCCGGUGCCAUGAUGAUGCUGGGACAGAUCGGUGAUGCUCUAGCCACUCCAGUUGUUGGUUACUUGGUCGAUAAAUUCGGAACCAAACAAACGUGGCAUAUUUUUGGAACAUUUCUCGUCUUCCUCACAUUUCCGAUGCUUUUUUCCAUAUGCCCUAUGUGCGAUAUAUGGCCUACCUGGUGGCACAUCAUCUACUUUUCGAUUGUAAUUUUUUUCUUUCAAUGCGGCUGGCCAAUAGUACAAGUGUCACAUUUGGCAAUCAUUCCGGAACUGGCACGUACGCAAAAAGAUCGAACGCAAUUGACGUCAGUGCGUUAUUCUGCGUCAGUUAUAUCCAAUGUUAUAGUUUUUGUUGUAACAUGGCUGGUGCUACGAUCAAACCGAACAUCGGCUGAAGAGAAAAUCAGCCCAAAAGAUGCUUAUCGUUUUCGUGACAUCUCACUGAUUCUGACAUUGAUUGGAUUGUGUACGACGGCAAUUUUCCAAUUUGGAUUAUCAUUCAGCGGCUACGGUCUUCGCCGGAUGCAGGCAUUGAACAAUCGCCGAGCGUCACUUGAAUCGCGCUCUUCAUAUCGGCGAUUAAGCGAGUCAACUGAUAUCGAGAGACAUCCGCCAAUCACAAUGCGUCCACCACAGCAACCCGAACGACGCCGCAAGAACUUUUUGAAAUCACCGAAAAUCUACCAAAAUUCACUACUAUAUGUUUUCUCGCGAAUCUUCACGACAACAUCAUUGGUCUAUAUUCCAUUGUGGUUAAACGAUCGAUUAUUCCAAAUAUCACAAGUUCCAAGCCUUGCCGAAAGCAGCGACACAAGUGUAGAACACAUUGCCACCGUGCCAAUGGUUUCAUUUUUGGCAUCAUUCGUAUCGUCUCUGUUCAUUGACAAAUCACACGGGAUACUAGGCCAUAAGUCAUUGUAUUUGCUGGGUUCAUUGACCUGCAUUUUUGGCUGUCUCCUCGUUGAAACCAGCAUUUCAACGCAACUGUCCAACGUUCGACUGUACAGCAUCGCCACAUUAUUCGGAGCGGGCAGUUCAAUUACCAUGAUCAGCAGCUUGUGUCUGAUCGCAAACAUGAUUGGAAAGCACGCAGAUCAAAGUGGUUUCGUCUAUUCGGCCGUCACAUUCGCCGAUAAAUUGAUUACAGGCGUCGCCGUUAUGGCCAUUGAAUCAUUAAAAUGCCAAAACAGAGCUGAUUGUCCAGACUACUACAAAAAUGUGUUGGCUCGUGCUUGCGGCGGUGCAGCAGUUCUGGGUGUACUUACUCUGACCACACUGUUAUUUAAUCGUCGACGCCAUGCCGUCCGUUCAAUUUAAUAUAUUGGCUAAUAAUUGUAAAAAUUGUUUAGUAGUUAGAAUGCUACGAUGCCAAAAAAUGUAUUAAUUAAUUUAAUUCCUUCAAUGAUAUUUCUAUCGACUUUAGAUUUGAAUUUUUAGUUAAUUUUGUGAUUGUAAUAUAGGUGAAUGUUUAUGUACAAAUCCAAAGCCAGCCUUUCUGAUCAUGAAAAUAGUAAACAAUACAGCGGCACCUGGGGACUAAGUGCAACGUGUCAUACUUUCAACGUUUGAAUUACACAGACGCACUUACACAGACGCAUACUUGUUACAGCAAACUAUGUGCAUGAUUCUUCAUUUCUCCAACCAGUCGCCAGGUGCCGCUUUAUUGUUCUUGUUUGACGUUUCCUAUCUAUUUGUACAGACGAUCAGAGAGGCUGUCCAAAGCAAAGGCAAAAAGAAGAAAACGUUAUCAUUCCAAUUAGCAAAAAAAAAAACAAAUCAUCCUACCUUCCCGUGGAAUCAAAACCUGUGUGUUUUAUAUUUAAAAAUUAAAUAUAGUAGUCUAAUCAACAAAUUAUAAGGAAACAAAUUGCAUUUAUAAGAAGAAAA